AUGACUGUCGUUGCCACGAAAUUCACCCCGGAGGUGCUCCUCUCUGCCCCGCGAAGGUCCGUCGGGUCGCCGAAUUGCAAGGGAGAAAAGAUCCUGUUUACGGUCUCUUCCUACUCAUUCAGUGACCACCGCAAGACCUCGAGUAUCCGGGUCCUGGACGUAAAAUCAGGGCAGUCGACGGUCUUGUUUGAGGAUUCUACGUUUAGCGAACCCACGUGGGUUAGCGAGCAUGAGUUCAUUUUUAUCAGAAGUGGCGACAAUGGAACGUCCACCCUGAUGCUCAGCAGCGUCAAGCACCCAAACAAGAGGCCCAAGGAGAUAUUCACCACCAGGGGCAGCAUCUCCAGCCUCAAGGUGAAGCCGCUCUCGAAAUCUGCUGUACUGUUGGCUUGCGCCGCCCUGGCGACACCCGAUGGCAAGAUGUACAACGCAGAAAAGGAUGACGCCAAGGUGCAUCACACCGGCAAGGUCUACACGGAGCUAUUUGUGCGUCACUGGGACUCUUACAUCACCAAGAACAAGAAUGCCAUCUGGUUUGGCAGGCUAAAUUGGAGCUCACAAUCUUCCGCCGAUGACUUCAGCGCCUCGUUGGCCCUAGAUGGUUCGGGUUUGACAAACGUCCUGGCAGGAUCCGGGUUGGAAAGCCCUGUGCCGCCCUUUGGCGGAAGUGGUGACUUUGACAUCUCUCCUCAUGGUAUUGCUUUCGUCGCUCGUGAUUUGGACGUAAACCCGGCAACGCACACCAAGUCGAGCGUCUACUUUGUUCCCGUGGACUUCAACUCCACACAAAGCCCCGCACCGUCCUCCGCCCCAAAGGCCAUCCCAACCCCCGGCUUGCAGGGCUACAGUGCUGGGCCUGCUUUCGGCCCAGACGGCAAGUCGCUCGCCUUUACCCGCAUGCGCCACAUUCAAUACGAGAGCGACAAGCCACGCCUCAUGCUCGCCAAGGACGUUGUCGGCGACACGGGCGCCGAUGCACAAGAGUUCUUCGCCACGGAGGAUGGAGAAGGCGGAUGGGACCUGCGUCCAGAGGGCCCAAUCUGGAGUGCCGAUGGCAAGGAGCUCUACGUGGUCGCCGAGGACGCCGGCUACGGCAAGCUCUUCAAGUUCCCGUCCGACCCCGAGAAGACCAAGAUGCAGAAGCUGGGCGGCGACGGUGUCCCCGAGGCCCUCACCUCGACAGGUACCGUAAGCGACGUCAAGGUAUUGACAAACGAGGAUGGCAGCAGCCGGCUCUUUGUCAGCUCCAGUUCGAUGGUCGACAGCUCCUACUUCAACAUCCUCGACCCUUCCACGGCCAAAUCGGAGCUUGUGUCGUCUCUAUCCAAGAACGGCAAGGUGUUUGGCCUCUCCCGGUCGCAGCUCGACGGUAUUUGGUUCCAGGGUGCGGGCGACUACAAGUGCCACGCGCAGGUGGUGCGCCCAUCGGACUUUGACAGCAACAAACGCUACCCGCUCGCUUUCCUGAUCCAUGGUGGUCCACAGGGAGCGUGGAACGACAGCUGGAGCACCAGGUGGUCCCCGGCUAUUUUUGCCGAGCAGGGCUACGUGGUUGUGGCGCCGAACCCGACGGGAUCGACCGGCUACGGAAUGGCCCUGCAGGACGGCAUCAAGAACGAAUGGGGAGGCCGUCCGUACAACGACCUCGUCAAGUGCUUCGAAUACAUAGCCGCCAACAUGCCCUACGUCGACAUGGACCGCGCCGUGGCUCUGGGUGCCUCUUAUGGAGGCUUCAUGAUUAACUGGAUUCAGGGGCACCCACUUGGGCGCAAGUUCAAGGCCCUCGUCUGCCACGACGGCGUCUUUAGCACGCUGAACCAAUACGCCUCGGAGGAGUUGUUCUUCCCGCUCCACGACUUUGGGGGCACGCUCUGGGAGAACCGCGAGGGAUAUGAGAAGUGGGAUCCCGCCAAGUUCACUGGCGAAUGGGCGACACCACAGCUCAUCAUCCACAACGAGCUCGACUAUCGCCUGACCAUUGGGGAGGGCCUGUCGGCUUUCAACGUACUGCAGAGCAGAGGCGUUCCGAGCCGGUUUUUGAUGUUCCCUGACGAGAACCACUGGGUACUUAAACCAGAAAACUCCCUACUCUGGCACCAAGAAGUCCUUGGAUGGAUAAACAAGUACAGCGGUGUGGACGACUCUGACUUGGCCGAAAAAGCUUCAGACCUAAAGAUUUGA